GCGACAGUCACUCCACUCACUUUUCAUUCCCGAAACUCUCUGUCUUUUGUCACGACUACUGAAAUUUAUCGCCACAUUGAGAACGAUAAGAUGCAGCGUCGCAUGCUCACGAAAGAGGAAGAAGCCUCGGCGGGAGGCGAAGACAUGGAAGUGCGCCGCGAGGACCAAGAGAAGAUCAAUCGAUUUAGCUCGCUGCAUCAAAAAGAGGAGAUACUUGAAGAAGAAUUAAAGACGAAAAUCAAGGAGAAGGAAGACCUCGAAGAGAUCUCGAUGGAGCUGGAGCUCGUUGAUGAGGAGGAGAAAGUACCAUACAAGGUUGGGGACUGUUUCGUCUCAUUACCGCAACCACAGGUCCUUGAAUUGCUUGAGGCAUCAACAGGGACUAUCGAUGGCGAGGUAGAUGCGCUCAAGUCGAAGCUUGAGGGUGUCCAAGAAGAGAUGGGCGAGCUAAAGAAGGCGUUGUACGGGCGUUUCGGUCGCAGUAUCAACCUCGAGACUUAGAGCUCCUGCGAUGAUACAGCAUCGGUGUUCGGAUUUCGGAUUAUGUGGCAUCGAGAUCUCUCACAGAAUAACCAAAUCGACUACUCAGUUCAUCUCCAAGUCACUUUUCGACUCAAUGCAUUUACCGGG